AUGAGGGCAAUAGUAUGGGGGUUAUCCAAGAUCAAACAUUCUAGUCAUGAUAGCGAACAUUUUCUUUUGUUCAAGUAUCCACAGGAGCCUUAUGAAUGUGAUGGAUGCAAGGGGCUAGGGUUUGGCCCGUGCUACAAAUGCGAGCACGAAGAUUGCAACUUCUAUCUUCACGCGGAUUGCGCACACCCUACUCCAUCUGCCUUCCAUCCAUUUUCGAGGUGCAGCUUGAAAUUUCACAGCAAGGCUCCGCAAUACGGUGAAAGAUACUGCGAUGCUUGCGGACAAGAUGUGUUAGGGUUCGUGUACCAGUGCAAACACAAGAAGCCAUGCGAUUACCAUCCCGGAUGUCUAAAACUCCAGCGUACCUUAACAGCUGAAGAUGGCACGAGGCUACACCUGACAGAGAAGUUGCCAUCGAAAUGCUUAAACUGUGGAAGUAGGGAAACAUCGAACCGAAUCCAAGGUUGGUCCUAUGUAUCUUCUUGCGGUCAAUAUUGUUACCAUGUAGCUUGUGUGAAGGACAUGAUUUUGGAGAAGUGGAGGAAGGGUUAUUUCCUUCAAGAAGGAAACGUGAAUGAGGAGAAUUACCUGGCACUUCAAAGUUUCCUUCCAAGUAAAGAAGUAGCAGCAAUCCCGAGUGGGAAAAGCUCAAGAAGCAAGACCAAACAAAUGUGGUGGAAGGCAAAAACAAUCAUUAUGCUUAUUAUUUCUGCUUUGUUUGGAGAACCGACGGCUCUGAUUUCGUUGCUUGUUGAACAGUUGAUUUCCAAUUAA